CUCCAUUCUUGAUCCCCCACGACCUCAUCCCAUCUCCGUUCACCUUUCAUCCAUCACUUCUGCACAUUUUCAUACCCUCUAGAGCUUGUAAUUGUGGAGAGACGCACUCAUGGCUGAUCGCUACUCCUUUUCUCUGACCACGUUCUCCCCCAGCGGAAAGCUGGUUCAGAUUGAAUAUGCCUUGAACGCUGUCAACCAGGGUGUAACUGCUCUGGGCAUCAAAGCUACCAACGGAAUCGUUCUGGCGACCGAAAAGAAAGCCAACUCGCCUCUCAUUGACCCACCUUCCCUCUCCAAGAUCUCCCUGAUUACACCCGACAUCGGCAUGGUCUACGCUGGAAUGGGCCCAGAUUACCGUGUGCUCGUGGACCGGGCCCGCAAGGUUUCUCACACUGGCUACAAGCGCAUCUAUAACGAAUACCCCCCUACCCGGAUAUUAGUGCAGGACGUUGCUCGAGUUGUUCAAGAAGCGACUCAGUCUGGUGGUGUCCGACCGUACGGUGUCAGCUUGUUGAUUGCUGGCUGGGACGAGGGCGUUGAGCCUGAAUCGGGAGAGGCUCAGCGGGGUGAUGGCGAGGACGAGCCUAAGAAAGCAACCGGCAAGACGGGUGGUAUCUUGAAGGGCGGCCCCAGUCUGUACCAGGUCGACCCCAGUGGCAGUUACUAUCCGUGGAAGGCCACGGCCAUUGGAAGACAUGCGACGAGCGCAAAAACAUUCCUUGAGAAACGUUACACCGAGGGUCUCGAGCUGGAAGAUGCCAUUCACAUUGCUCUCCUGACUUUGAAGGAGACCAUCGAGGGAGAGAUGAACGGUGACACGAUAGAAAUUGGCAUUGUUGGUCCUCCUGCCGAUCAUCUGCUUGGUUAUGAGGGUGUUGAAGGAUCGCGUGGGCCCCGUUUCAGGAAGCUGAGUAAGGAGGAGAUUGAGGACUAUCUCACCAACCUAUGAACUACCCCAUAGAUCGAUACAGAUCUUGACAUAUGAGCCUUGUAGUAUAAUAGACACGACUCAAGUCUUGCGAGGUUCCCGCGAUAUGACAGGGCGUCCCGGCCACGCAGAAACCAGGGAGCUGAAUGGUGGGUUUUCAGGAGUGACCCUGGAACCUGACGAAAUAUUUGGGCGGUUCUAGACUCGCCAGUAAUACUUCAAAAACCUGAUCGGAAAUGAAUGCUAU